AGAAGAAGAAGAGGAAGACGAGGGGGGACCACUUCAAGCAACGUUUCAGGAAGAACUUCACCACUCUGCUGGAGGAAGAGAACCUGUCGGAGAAGCCGGAACCUAACUACCUGUCUGCAGCGGCCCCGCCCUCCUCGCUGCCGCCCCGUCACUUCUGCUGCGUGUGCGGUUUCCCUUCUCACUACACCUGCACCACCUGCGGGGGGCGCUACUGCAGCAGCAAGUGUCUGAUCACCCACAGAGAGACCAGGUGUUUGAAGUGGACGCUCUAACUGUUGCCAUGGUAACAGAGAAGACGACGUCCCCGUCUAUCCUGGUUAGGACGUUUUGGACAAUAAAGCUGUACUGAGGUGGACAAGAGGACGUCUGUCAGAACUGAUGUCUCGCAUGAACUUUGACCUGUCUCCACCCUGUCCCUCCAGCAGCUCCUCAGCAUCAACAGUGGAACCAGAGACAGAGUCCACCUCGGGUCCGGUUCUGACAGAGUUCUGCUCCGACUCAAGACAUCAUCAGAAAAAAAACUGAAACAUUAAGAACCAGAACCCCCAGGUCAGCUGGUUCUGGUUCCAGCUGUGCUUCAGUCAGAACAUCUGGGUCACAGCUGGUUCUGGUUCCAGCUGUGCUUCAGUCAGAACAUCUGGGUCACAGCUGGUUCUGGUUCCAGGUGAAUCUUUGUUUAAUUUAUAUUAA